AAAGGUUUGAGAAACGAAAAGGGAGAAUUUGAGAAACCAAGGUUCAGAUGGCUUCACCCUCUCUCUCCUCACUUCCUCCCUCAAACCCCAUCUUCUUCUUCCCUAAAAUUCUGACAUUCUUUCUCAAAAUCCCUUUUUUUAAAAAAACCCAUUUUCACAUUUCUUCUCCCACUCUUGGCUCAACUACCCUCAAUCUUCCCUUCAACUCCAGUCAACAAGCCUAAAUUCUCCAGCUUUCGUUAUUGAUGAUUUUGGGAAGUGAACUUGAUGAUUUUGUUGCGAAUGCAAUUAUUAGUCAGUUGGUUUUGUUGGAUGCUCAAGAUUCGUCUUUUUUCUAAUUCUCCUGGAUGUGAAUAUACUUGUUUCUGAUAUAACGAGAAUUUAAUAAAGGGUUCUUUGAUAAUCAAUCCCUUGGUUCCAAUCACUCCUCAACAAUGGGUCGAGAGCCAGAGAUAAUCACAAGCAAAGACAAAAUGAGAAGAUGGUCAAGAGCAAUGAGAGCCCAAGGCAAGGCCAUAGGGCUAGUACCUACAAUGGGAUAUCUUCACAAAGGCCAUCUCGCUCUCGUUAAUGAAGUCCGUCAACAUGCCCAGCUCAUUGUUGUCUCCAUCUAUGUUAACCCAGGUCAGUUCUCUACCUCAGAGGAUCUUUCCACAUAUCCAUCUGACUUUAAUGGUGAUUUGCAGAAGCUAAUGUCUGUUCCUGGGGGUGUUGAUGUUGUCUUUAAUCCCCAUGACUUGUAUGAUUAUGGUAGUUGGAGGGGGACAGAAGGUAUGGAGAAGAAAGAAGAUGUAGGAGAGGUGUCUUGUUUGGAGGAAAAGGGAGGUGGGCAUGAAACUUGGGUUAGAGUUGAGAAAUUGGAGAAGGGCUUGUGCGGAAAGAGUAGACCCCUGUUUUUUAGAGGGGUGGCUACUGUUGUAAGUAAAUUGUUCAAUAUUGUGGAGCCUGAUGUUGCUGUCUUUGGAAAGAAGGAUUAUCAACAGUGGCGAAUUAUUCGUAGAAUGGUUCGAGAUCUAGACUUUGCUGUCAAAGUAAUUGGAUCAGAUAUUGUGCGUGAAGAUGAUGGUUUAGCAAUGAGUUCCCGUAAUGUGUACCUGUCACCCGAGGAGAGGCAAAAGGCCUUGACUAUCAAUAGGUCCCUGUCAAAAGCCAAACAUGCAGCAGAAGAAGGGCAAAUUAAUUGCAAAAUUCUGCAGGAUUCAGUAAUCCUUGCAAUAGAGGAAGCUGGUGGAAAAGUAGAUUAUGCUGAGAUAGUAGAUCAAGAGACCUUAGAAGCAGUUGAAGAAAUAAAGGCCCCUGUUGUAAUUUGUAUUGCUGCCUGGUUUGGGAAGGCUAGGUUGAUUGAUAAUAUAGAGAUUAAUGCCUGAAAAGCAUAUUUUAUGCAAAAAUUGCAGAUUCUGCUUUCAAUUGUCUCAAGAUUUGUUUUCAAUUUUCUUCCUCAAAAAGUUUAAUGUGAGGCAAGCCAGUCGUAGAGUUUGCAUCAUUAUUUGUAUAUUCUAGUAAUGAAUAACUCAUGCUUUAGAAUUUGGCGUUGUUUGUUGCAAGAGGUCUUCUUUGGUAAAUAUUAGUAUAUCUGUCUG